AUGAAGAACAUCAUGUCGAUACAGAUUCCCGCACACAGAAACGUAAAAACCUCUGUUAAGAGGAACCAGCAACAAAUCUUAAAAAGUUACAUUUAUAUGAUGAAUACUGAAAGGAACAAUUUCUAUAUGAACACUGAACGUACAGAUAAAAAAGGACAUAAACAUAAGUUCCCUCCUCAUCUUUUAAAAGAGCAAAUACUGAACUUUAGUAAAAGACCAAGGGAUAUCAUUUCAAAGCCAUCGAACAACUGCAGCAGUGGCAACAAUUUGGAGAAAAAUAAAAAAAAAAUCAAAGUUAAUAAGGCAGAAGAAAAUGACGAUGUUAUCCUUUUGGACGGAGAUCAAAAUGUACCUUGCCGUUCAGGUGAAAAUGGGCCAAAAAGUAGCAAGACGGGAAACAACAAUUUGGUGCAGGGGUACAAUAAGGGGGAGGACGCAGGUGGGAGUAGCACCUACAAUUUUUUGAAAAUCCCCCUUGCAGUGAAACGGAAAGAUGGUAAAAUUAGCCUCAAAAGGAACAGCAUAGCAAUCACGGGUGUGGGCAUAAAAAAUAAACAAAGUAGCGCAAAUCGCACGAGUGGAGAAAAAAGUGACAGUGUAAAGAACGCGUCGUUUAAAAAGAUUUUUAGUGCGGAGGAGGCGAACAAGAUAAAGCUGAAUUACAACAAUAAUUUUAGCGGCAUGGAGAAGAGGGAAGAAAAAAAGGUGAAGGACUUCUACUGCAAGUUUUACAAAUGUACACAGGGCCAACAAAAGGGAAGUGGGACCAACCGAGGCUAUGCCAGCGAUGCCGCAAAUGUGCAAACUUCCUGCUUACGAAUGCUCGAUGCGCCGUCCAAAUACUGCAAAUCGUGCAGGAAAUUUUUUAAGCUGCUCAUAUCUCACGGCACCAAGUACAAGGGAACGCUAGUAGGCAUAAACUUUAUCCGUCCAGACGUUCAAAGCGUUUUGUACGCGUACAAAUGCGAUAAACAACACGAAUUUAACCUGUCGCUCUUUCACAUUAUGCACAAUUUGUGGUGCCCGCAUGAUUAUUGCCUGUUCGAGUGUAAGAACACGCAUGAGAAAAACUAUGCGACUGAGUUCUUUCGCCUCAAAGAGUUGGACACUAUGGAAAAGCAGAGGGACCUAUUUUUACAGGCCAAAAUGUUUUGUCUCGUCCAUCCGGAGAAUGCCUUGCCAGACAGUAGCGAGAAGACCGGAGCAGAAUGCACCGAUGAUGUUGAGAGGAUUAUAAGGAACGCCAACGACCCGUGGAAAGUUCUCCAGAUCAAGAAAUUUUCCAAAAUGGAGUUAUGUGACAAGGAGUUAAAAAGGAAAGUACGAAAAAGUUACCGCGCCCUGGCGCUGAGGGUUCACCCCGAUAAGAACAAAAGUAAAAAUGUCACGUUAGCUAUGAACAUUUUAACCAACUCGAUGAAGGCAAUAACAUCCGCGUAG